AUGGCUGAGGUGGACGUUAUGCCCACCUUUGGCUCAGAGCUCAAGGAUGGCUUCAAACCAGCAAACGUGUGGCUUGGCCAUGGCAUUGCCUGGCUAGACGAAAUACAACAGUUCUACAGAGAGCGUGCCGCCAUAGAGAAGGAAUAUAGCGCAAAGCUUAUGGCACUUUCCAAGAAGUACUUUGACAAGAAGAACAAGAGGACAGCUCAGCUCAGUGUAGGAGAGACUCCUGCCAUGACACCUGGUUCACUCGAAAGCGCUUCCUUGACCACAUGGGCCACUCAGCUUACCACCCUCGAGUCCCGCGCCGGCGAACACGACAAAUACGCCAACAACCUCGUUUCCCAAGUUGCCGAGCCCCUCAAGUUCUUCGGCGGCCGUUUUGAAGAACUGCGCAAGCGCCAUUCCGAUUAUGCUACCAAACUCGAGCAGGAGCGCGAUUCUCAAUACGCCGCACUUGCCAAGACCAAGGGUAAAUACGACAACGUAUGCCAAGAGGUCGAGGCUAAGCGCAAGAAGACCGAAAAUCAUUUCGACAAGGCCAAGACGCAGAAUGCCUACCAACAACAGAUUCUCGAGAUGAACAACGCUAAAAAUACCUACAUCAUUGCAAUUAACGUUACAAACAAGCAAAAGGAGAAAUACUACCACGAGUAUGUACCCGAGGUUAUGGAUAGUCUACAAGACCUCAGCGAGUUCAAGACGACAAAGUUGAACAGCUUCUGGACAAUUGCGACCAACAUCGAGUCCGAAAUGCUGCAGCAGAGCAACGGUAUGGUUCAGCACCAAGGUACCGAAAUUCUCAGAAACUUACCUCACCUCGAUUCCAUGAUGUACAUCCAACACAACAUGGGCGCUUUCAACGAGCCAGCCGACAAGCAUUUCGAGGCCAGUCCUGUCUGGCACGACGACGGUACUAUGGUGGUGGACGAAACAGCAAAGGUCUUCCUGCGUAACGUCUUGGGUAAAUCCAAGUCGCAACUGGGAGAACUACGGCGAGAGGUCGACAAGAAACGAAGAGAAGUCGAAGGUGUCAAGCAGCUAAAACAACGAGUUCGGGAAGGAAAGGAGAAGAAGGACGAGGUUGAGGUUGUCCGCGCGCUCUUCCAAAUGCAAGAAAACCUGCAUGCUAUCGACCGUCAACGGUUGACAGUUGAAGUCGAAACAUCAACCAUUACAUCUGUGGUAGGCGAUGUGACACUGGGCGCCAAGAAUCACAACUUCAAGGGCCAGACAUUCAAGAUACCCACCAACUGUGACCUUUGCGGAGAGAGGAUUUGGGGUCUGAGCGCAAAGGGCUUCGACUGCCGGGACUGUGGUUACACAUGCCAUAGCAAGUGUGAGAUGAAGGUUCCGCCUGACUGCCCUGGCGAACAGACAAAGGAUGAGCGAAAGAAGCUCAAGGCCGAACGCCAGGAUGCUGCGAACAACAAGCUCCUGAAGCCCAGCGCGACCAUGACAUCGAUGAACUCCAACACUUCAGAUGCGCCUGAGCUUACCCGAUCAAAUACCAUGACCUCACUCAGCUCACACUCGGCACGUCCAUCGAUAUCAGGGUCCAUAUCUGCGCAACUAAGCCCUACUGAAGAGACACCGCCAGAAGUAGCACGACCAAGUGUGUCAUCCACAGCGACUUCUGGCACUGCGCCCAAGCGAAGAAUUAUGGCACCUCCACCAACCGCUUACAUUAAGGAUUCAGGCGCUAAUGAAACAAACGGUGGUGCCAAGGAAGAGAAGAGGGGCAAGAUGAUAUAUCCCUUCGAGGCUACUGGCGAGGGUGAAUUGACAGUGCAAGAUGGUCGGGAUGUAGUACUACUCGAACCCGAUGACGGCUCUGGCUGGGUCAAGGUUCGAGCAGGCUAUAAGGAAGGCCUCGUCCCAACAUCCUAUGUCGAAUUCACCACCGUCACCAUACCUUCCGCCCCGGCUCCCUCGGCCAGACCAUCAUCCACCUAUUCCACAUCCACAACAUCCUCACUCACACAGUCCAACAAGAAAAAGGGUCCUGCCGUGGCCCCUAAGCGCGGCGCAAAGAAGCUCCGCUACGUAGAAGCCCUGUACGAGUACGCAGCCCAGGCUGAAACGGAGCACUCCAUGGCCGAAGGCGAACGCUUCGUCCUCGUGCAGGAAGACCCCGGCGAUGGCUGGGUCGAGGUCGAAAAGGCGGGUGUCACAGGGAGUGUGCCUGCAAGCUACGUGCAGACUGUCUAG